CACACCCGUGGGAUGUCCCAUAUAAGUGUUUGAUGAGCAUUCCUCAUCUUUAUCAGUAUGUAUUGCCACCUUCCCCAACUUCUUUGUCACGUGUUGCUGGCAUCAAAUUCUAAAGUUAAUGAUAAUUUGCAAAAAAAAAAAAGAAAUGUUAAUCAGUUUGAACAUCAAAUAUGUUGACGUUGUAGCAUAUUCAACUGAAUAUGGGUCGAAAACACAAUUUCUCAACUCAUAAGGAAACGGGGUUUGUAAAUGAAGUGAUUCUUUGGCGCACCACUAGAUGGAGCCAGCGUACCACAGUUGGAGAAGGACUGGAAUAGAAAUGGCUAAAAGAAGACACUUACACUUGUGGACUUGUGUCCAGCUGAGUCACCACCGGACACCUCCUGGCUCGGCUCCGUCUCCCACGUCGAGUCAUAUUCGCAGUAAAACUCAUCCGUGGUCCUGACCUCGUACUCUUCGCCCCACUCCUCCUCGUCAGCCGGGGGUGUGACACUGACAACAUUGACCUCCUGCAAGGAGUUUUCACACUCUUUCACCAGUUCCACGCCUGAACCGCCGCCGACGUCGUCGUCCCGCGGUCCUAAAAGUCGACCUCUGACAAGUGGGAAAACUAUUCUUGCAAUCCAUCGCCACGAAGAAACGAGCCCACGCCACGCGGCUUGGAAAAAGACAGCAGCCAUCGGUUAGGAUGUUGUUUUGAUGGUUUCACUUUCGGUUUCACCGAAACGAAAGUUGAACACUUCCCUGCGAUGGAGCAAUCAGAUUAACCCUUGGCUGACUGCACCCAUUAGUUCAGAGUCGAGGUCACAUGAGAUGCUAGACAAACACCAAAGUCCAAAGUCAAGGGGAUGAAGCUCAGGUAACACAACCGCAGUCAACUUUGGUGCAAGUUUGCACACAACAGGCAAGACUAUUUCUCGUAAUUGAAUUUGUCCAGUGCCGGCGAUCCCGGCAGGCGAGAUGAUUAUAGCUGAUGUAAGCGAGGCUGAUGUUGAGGAUGAAAACGCAGAACGUCAGGACCGUCCUACUCGUUCUCUCCACGCUCAUUUAUCUGCUGACAGGAGCCGCCGUGUUCGACGCGCUGGAGUCCGGGAGAGAAGUGUCCAAGCUAAGGGCGCUGGAGGAGAAGCUGGCUGAGCUCAGGGAGAAGUACCACUUAGCUGAGGAUGACUUCAGGGAGAUUGAGAGCGUGGUCCUCCAGUCGGAACCUCACCGAGCAGGAACGCAGUGGAAGUUCAACGGAGCCUUCUACUUUGCCAUCACGGUCAUCACCACAAUUGGGUAUGGCCAUGCUGCCCCACGGACCGACGCCGGAAAGGCUUUCUGCAUGUUCUACGCUGUCUUGGGCAUCCCCCUAACGCUGGUCAUGUUCCAGAGCCUUGGCGAGAGGAUCAACACCUUUGUCUGUUUCCUCCUGCGUCGAGCCAAGCAAAGCCUGGGCUUCCAGAAGACAGACGUGUCCAUCGGCAACAUGGUCAUUGGGGGUCUGCUGUCCUGCGUCAGCGCUUUGUGCAUCGGAGCAGCCGCCUUCGCUCACUUUGAGGACUGGACUUUCCUCAACGCCUACUACUACUGCUUUGUCACGCUCACCACCAUCGGCUUUGGGGAUUUUGUGGCCCUGCAGAAGAACGACGCUCUCACGAAGCGUUCCUCCUAUGUGGCCUUCAGCUUCCUGUAUAUCUUAAUCGGGUUGACAGUAGUCGGGGCUUUUCUUAACUUGGUAGUUCUGAGGUUUCUCACUGUUAGCACACAUGAACGCUGUGGAGUCGCAGGGGGGGAGCAAGCCGCCACACAACUAGUGGAGGUGGAAACUUCCGAGAGAGAGUCUAAGGAAGGCAACGAUGGGCACCACAAGCUGGGUCUGCCCUUUGAUGCAGGCAGCAGCCGCUUCAACCUCCUCCCCUCUGCUGCCGAGCAGAGAGAGCACUGGAAACAGCCUAAAAUGGGGCAUUUUCGGGUGCUGUUCUGCUGCUUGGACUCGACCAGCAGCCAGACCCACUGUGAGCAGGAGGGCGGCCUCAGCAACCCUGUCUUUUACAACUCCAUCUCCUACAAGAUAGAUCAAGCCUCCUGCUGCUCCAACACCAUGUCACCACAAACGCCCCCUAGCGGCACGACCCUCUAUUUGGGCAGGAAUCAUCUUCGUAGUAGGAGGAAGUCUUUAUAAGAAAGACCCUUUUGGAUAGGUCCCCAACUACUUUGAUUGUUUUCACUCAUAAUUCUCAACAUUCGACAAUGCAACAUACACUAUACCACCCAUCCAAAUGAGAAGAAUCAGGUGUAUAAAAUCCAGCACUUACGCAUGGAGACUGUUUCUCCAAACAUUUGUGAAAGAAUGGGCCGCUCUCCGGAUUUUCAGAGUGGAAUUGUCAUAUGACACCACCUGUGCAACAAAUCCAGUCGUAAAAUUUCCUUGCUCCUAAAUAUUCCAAAGUCAACUUUAUUCUAAGAAAAGUGGAGAGUUUUGGAACAACAGCAAGUCAGCCCCCAAGUGCUAGGCCAUGUAAACUGACAGAGAGGGGUCAGCAGAUGCUGAAGCGCAUAGUGCAAAGAGGUUGUCGACUUUCUGUUGCUACAGAACUCCAAUCUUCAAGUGACCUUCCAAUUAGCCCACGUACGGUACGCAGAGAGCUUCAUGGAAUGGGUUUCCAUGGCCGAGCAGCUGCAACUAAGCCAUACAUCACAAAGUCCAAUGCAAAGUGUCGGAUGCAGUGGUUUAAAGCACGUCACCAUUGGACUCUAGAGCAGUAGAGAUGCCUUCUCUGGAGUGAUGAAUCACACUUUUGCAUCUGGCAAACUGUUGGACGACUCUGGGUUUGGAGGUUGCCAGGAGAAAGCUACAUUUCGGACUGCAUUGUGUUAAGUAUGAAAUUUGGUGGAGGAGGAACUAUGGUGUGGGGUAGUUUUUCAGGAGUUGGGCUUGGCCCCUUAGUUCCAGUGAAAGGAACUUUGAGUGCUCCAGGAUACCGAAAACAUUAUAGGCCUACUGAAAUGAGAUUUUCUUAUUCAAACGGAGGUAGCAGGUCCAUUCUAUGUGUCAUACUGCUGCUCCGUUAAUAAUUUAAGUAAAGUCUGAUUGUCAUUAAAACAGUUAGCUCCAUCUGUGGCGCCGAAAUGACAACACUGGCACGGCUUCUUAAAGACGGGCUCUUUACUUGAGUUUAUGCCGUGAAAACUACAGGACAAGACAUGAAAUACAAUGGUUUGAGAAAUAGUUCAGUCCCAGGCAAAUAAGGUGCUAAACAAAAUAGCUACCUCGUGGCCGCCUGCCACUUCGGAGGUUCUUGGGCAGCAAAUAUUUCAGUGUUGUGCAACUACAUGAGCGUACAAAAAUUAAACCAAUGCACUCCACAAAUAUACAGAACAAUUCAACACAAUAUGACAAAUACCUUGUUCAGCUAGCCUAAUGUUCUUGCUGCUGCUGAUGCCUCAAAGUAUUUUGCAUGUCUGCAACCCCAAAUACUACACCAAAAUCUUGCGAGAAUAGCGGUGUCACAAAGGAAAUAAAUUGCCCUUUUUAUAGUAAACCACAUGUGUCUUAUUUACAAAAAAUAUAACAUGAAUUCACAACCAUAAUAAUUUUCAACAAAAAAUGUUAACCCUUAAAACAAAAAAUAUUAAGUGUAAGUUUCAACAACACUUACACCAUCUUUUGACACUUCUUCCACUCUCGUCCUUGCACGCUACACCGCUACAACAAAGAUGACAGAGAAAAGACGCUGCCGAAGGUGAGCCACGUAAAUAAGACCACCCACAAAAUGGCGCAUUCUGAAGUGACUGUCAGAAAGUGGCUUGAAGAUGAUCUGUAAAACACAACCUAUGCAACAUUUUGACCAAAGAACCACCAUUACAUGUAAUGUAGACCACAAGGAAGUGUUUUACAUUUAGAUUU